AUGGCGGGUCCGUUUCUGAGGCAGGGCUCUAAAGGCGCGUUUCUUCUUACCGCCCUCUUUUCUCUCAACCUUCAGGCCGUGGUGCUGUGCGCUUAUCUGGAGAGGGGAAGCGUUGACUUGCGAGAUCGGGCCGUCAUCGAGCUGGGAGCCGGGACCGGGCUGCUGGGAAUAGUGGCCACCUUGCUGGGUGCUCGCGUUACCGUCACGGACCGGGCGGCAGCGCUGGCGCUCCUGGAGUCGAACGUCCGGGCGAACUUACCGCCCGAGCUGCAGCCGCGAGCUGCCGUGAAGGAGCUGACCUGGGGAAAAGACCUAGGUAACUUCCCUCCGGGGGCGUUUGACUUCAUCCUGGGCUCAGACAUCGUCUAUCUGGAAGAAACUUUUGCGGAUCUGCUUCAGACGUUGGAGCACCUGUGCGCAGAGCGCACCGUCAUCCUGCUUUCCUGUCGCAUUCGCUAUGAGCGGGACCUUAACUUCCUGAAGAUGCUGAGAGGCCGUUUCUCCGUACACGAGGUCCACUACGAUCCCAGCAAGGACGUACAUAUAUACAAAGCGCAGAGGGGUGGCUGCAAGGAUGAAAUUUGACUCUGGGCUUUGUUAGUAAACCACCGAUGCUGUUCAAUCCUCCCCUUGUUUCUACCAAAUACACUUGUUUCUAAGCAUAAAAUGGCAAAGAUGAUGUUUUCCACCGGCUUGUUGUCCGAUGUGGCAAGAACCGUGCACGCUAGCGUUCUGCGUAUGGAACCUCUGCUUGGUUCCUCAGUAUGACAGGUAUAAAGUCUUCCACUGACUUUUUGUCAGAUGUCAUUUCUUGAAGCUGAUUUAAGUUGUGGAAAUCUCCAUGCAUGAAAAACGUUAUUAAAAGAUCUGUUGUUUAAAAUCAAACCACAUUUAAUGACUUCUGUGGGACACUUACAAACAGAUAGGGUAUUUUUUUUUUCCCCCUUAUCCCUUUCCUCAACUCUGGAGAAGUAACCAGAUACCUUUCCUUCAGGGGCAGAUACACAUGCGUAGGUAUGCCAGUAGGGAAACUGCAACAAGAAGACGCAAACUGUUCUUUAAAGAUCGAAUCAGCUCUUGACUCUCAAAGCACUACCAGAUAAUGUUCUGCUUCCUGCUUUAA